GGUGCAGCAGGUGGUGCAGCAGGUGGUGCAGCAGCAGGUGUGUCAGCUCUCAGCAGGGAGGCGGUGAACGCCGGUUACUGCAGCGCCCUGCGCUCCUACGCCCUGUGCACCCGGCGGAUGGCGCGGGCGUGUCGUGGCGACCUGGCGUACCACUCGGCGGUUCAGGGCAUCGAGGAUCUGUUGAUCCAGCACCGCUGCCCGCGGGCCGGGCCCACUGCCCAGCCCCGCCUCCAGCCUCAAGGCACGCUGUCAGGUGACUCCUGCCUCUAUGAGAAGGGCUUCUUUACCCGAGAGGGCCGGACCCCCGAGUACUUGCACUGCGGCGUGUUUGGAGACCCGCACGUUCGAACAUUCAACAAUGACUUCCACACCUGUGCUGUGCAGGGGGCGUGGCCUCUCGUAGACAACGAGUACCUGUACAUACAGGCCACCAGCUCGUCUAUGAGGGCCGGGACUCACACCACAGCGCUCACAAAGAUCACGAUCAUCUUUAAGAACUGGCGUCAGUGUAUUGAUCAGCAGCUGUACCAGGCGGAGCUCGAUAACGUCCCGGCGGCGUUCGCUGACGGCUCCGUGUGGAGCGGCGAGCGGCGAGGUCAUCACAGCCUGCUGGUGACCUCGCAGAGUCCCGGCCGCCACGCAGAGAUCCGCGCCGCCCACAUCGGCACGCUGCUGGUGGUGCGUCAGAGCGGCCGCUCGCUGAGCCUGUCGCUGCGCUCGCCGCGCCGCAUCGUGGCGGCGUUCGGCCCCGAGCAGGACCUGCAGCUGUGUGUGUGGGGAUGUCCCGCCUCCCAGAGACUCAACACCCGCCUCCCACCGCCCACGUCCUCGCCGCUUCCUGCCGCCGCCGCCCACGCCCACUGCGCCGCGCUGCUUCCUGCGCAGGACGUCUACUACCAGGCCUGCGUGUUCGACCUCAUCGCCACCGGAGACCUGAACGCCAGCUCGUCCGCCGUCGCCGCGCUGCAGGACGCCCAGUCGAUGAUCUCUGACACGCACAGAGUCCACCUGCCGCCCGCCGCCUCCGCCCCCCCAGCAGCCACCCCACACACACUGUUACCUCUGCUGCUGCUGAGCAUGCUGGGAACUCUGACCGGCACCUGAAGCCGCAGACAAACUCACCUGAGGUCACCGUAGGUCAUGUGACUGUAACAUGGCGUGCUGGUGAUGAUGAUGACGAUGAUGAUGAUCUGUUGACUGAUUCAGUAAAUAAAGUUUUACAGUAAAA